AUGGGCCGUGUCAUCCGGGCGCAGCGAAAGGGCGCGGCGGGGUCGGUGUUCAAGGUGAAGCUCCCGUCGGGCGCCAAGAAGUUGCUGCAGAGCGACUGCCGCGCGAUGGUCGGGCAGGUCGCCGGCGGCGGCAGGACGGAGAAGCCGUUGCUCAAGGCCGGCAACGCCUACCACAAGUUCCGCGUGAAGAGGAACUGCUGGCCCAGGGUGCGCGGCGUGGCCAUGAACCCCGUGGACCAUCCGCACGGAGGAGGUAACCACCAGCAUAUAGGCCACGCAUCCACCGUUCGUCGGGACGCUCCUCCUGGAGCAAAGUCUGGCCAGAUCGCCGCACGGAGGACCGGCAGGCGCAGAGGGCAAGCCGCUGUGACAGCGGGCAAAUCAAUGCUAUGA